GCUCAUUGGCCAGCUGUGGAGUGUCGGUGAAGUCAGCGCCGAGUCCCAGAAAAACAGAGCGGGGCCAGCUGCAGCGUGUAGUGCGAGCGGGGCAGGACGCGCGCAGCCCGGCCGCCCGCCAGCCCGGCGACCCUCAAGCAUCGCCCUGGAGGAGAGAGGGAGACCAGAGGGGCGCAAGGAUGACCCUUCGGUCCUAAGACCCGCCUGAAUGAGCGGGAGUUGACACUUGUUUGAAGAGUUGGUAAAACCUGCUGUCUGUCCAGGGCUCUAGGACCAAUGCAUCUUUCCACCACUCUCAACCACUGAAGAGGUAAAUGAUGCUGAAGUUGUCACUACAGUUGAUACAAAGAGUGGACUUGACAGCAAGUGCCUGGACUCCUUUGUGACAGUUGUCACCUCCAAGUACUCAGAACCAAGAGCAGUUCAGAGUCCCAGUUACAGAACUUGUCCUGUCACCACCAUGACCUCUGAAUGUGACAUUGGUGCUUCCAAGGCUGUUGUGAACGGGCUGGCGCCAGGUAGCAAUGGUCAAGACAAAGCCACUGCCGACCCUUUCCUCCGUGCACGUUCUAUUUCUGCUGUUAAAAUAAUUCCCGUGAAGACAUUGAAAAACUCUGCAGGCCUAGUACUCCCUCCAGACAUGGACCCUACAAAAGUCUGCACCGGGAAAGGAGCCGUGACUCUCCGGGCCUCAUCCUCCUACAGGGAGAUUCCAAGCAGUAACCCCAUGAACCCCCAGGACACCCCACAACAUGAAGCUAAACCAGUUCUGGAGUCAGAGAAUUCUUCAGCAGAUAAGUGGAGACUUUCUUCCAACGCAAAUGCCAAUGGAAACGCCCAGCCCUCUUCACUUGCUGCCAAGGGCUACAGAAGUGUGCAUCCCAACCUGCCUUCUGAAAAGGCCCAGGUUCUCUCUCCCCCACGCCCUCCUCUCCCUAGGGAGGACUGCUUUGCAUGGCAGCCCCCUACCACCCACAGUUCCUGCAAAGACUCCCUCUACUGGAGCUCACCAAAGCCUUUCAUCCCACCCAGCACCCCCAGCCAGCUGAACCCCUCACAGCUCCAGCCCAUCUCUGACUCCCUGGCAGUCAAAUCAGCUCCCCAAGGUGUGGGGUGUCCUAGGUCCUCGCUUCCAGGUCCCACACUGCCCAGUGCUUCACCCCAACCCCAGCACCACUACGUGGCUGCCAGGACAGUUUACAGUGAGAAUGUGAGCUCUAACCCACAUCAUGAGGCAGUUAGGAAUAAAAAGGUCAGCAGCUUAUAUGUACCCUGUUUAUCCAAUAAUAUCUGCUGGGUGGCAUCAGAAAACUCCGGUGCUGCACGUGACCCAGCCAAAGGCACUCCCUUGGAGACUGCAGGCACUCGAGCACCAGCACCGGCUCCCAGCAUUGUCUCCUGCACAGCCGCCACAGGAACACCAGCCUCUGCUCCUCCUCCUCCUGACCCUCCCAAGCUGUUCUCUACCAUCCCUAACUAUGCCACCAACCAUGGUGAGAGUCCUUCCCUGGGGACUCGGCCUGCAUUCCCAGGUGCAGUGAGACCACCUGUGAUAGGGCCCCCAGUUACCUCUGAUCUCCAAAACCGGAAGAGAAAAGAAACUUACCUUUUGCAGCCGUGUUAUCCAGCCAAGGAUGCCACUUCCUCCAGCCCAGCCCAGCCUGAGGUAAUAGUUGUCCCCCUCUACCUUGUUAAUACUGACAGAGGGCAAGAAGGCACAGCCAGAUCGCCAACAUCUCUGGGGACAUUUGGCCCCCCAGUCCCGGUGACCGCCCCUGCCAGCUCGCCUCUGACCUUCCCAACUCUAGAUGAUUUCAUUCCCCCUCAUCUACAAAGGCGGUCCCACCACAGCCAGCCAGCCAGCGUUCCUGCCCCCUUGCCCCCCGUUAGCCAGACACCACCAUCCUCCUCACCACCACCUCCUCUGCUGGUCCCUCCUGUACCGGAGGGUCUCCGCAGAUCCUUGGAGCCUGACCUCACGGGAGCUGUCUCAAGUACCGAUUCAAGCCCUGUGCUAAAUGAAGCUUCUUCAUCCAACAUUGGAACUGAGUCCCAGACCUUCAUAUCAGUGAGCAAACCAUCCUCUGCCUACCCCUCAACCACCACUGUCAACCCUACGAUUGUGCUCUUGCAACAUAAUCGAGAACAGCAGAAACGGCUCAGCAGCCUUCCAGAUCCUGUUUCAGAAAGAAGAUUGGGAGAGCAGAACUCAGCACUAACCCAGGAAAAACCCACCUCACCUGACAGAGCUCCUGAAAGAAAAGCAAAGGAUGAUUGUAGGGGGGUGGUUAAGAGCGCUCAGGACCUAAGGGAUGCUUACAUGGAUGAAGUGGGCAUCCCACUCCGGAACACCGAGAGAUCAAAAGACUGGUACAAGACCAUGUUUAAACAGAUCCACAAACUAAACAGAGAUACUCCUGAAGAAAACCCUUAUUUCCCUACGUACAAAUUCCCUGAACUUCCUGAAAUCCAGCAAAAUUCUGAAGAAGACAAUCCUUAUACUCCUACCUACCAGUUUCCUGCAUCUACUCCUAGCCCUAAAUCUGAAGAUGAUGAUUCAGAUCUGUACUCUCCUCGCUACUCCUUUUCUGACGACUCAAAAUCGCCCCUUACUGUGCCUCGUUCAAAAAGUGAGAUGAGCUACAUUGAUGGUGAAAAGGUAGUUAAGAGGUCUGCCACUCUUCCCCUUCCAGCCCGCUCUUCCUCCUUAAAAUCUAGCCCAGAAAGAAACGACUGGGAGCCCCCAGAUAAGAAAGUGGAUACAAGAAAGUACCGCGCAGAGCCCAAAAGCAUUUACGAAUAUCAGCCGGGCAAGUCCUCCGUUCUGACCAACGAGAAGAUGAGUCGGGAUAUAAGCCCAGAAGAGAUAGAUUUAAAGAAUGAACCUUGGUAUAAAUUCUUUUCGGAAUUGGAGUUUGGGAAACCGCCUCCCAAAAAGAUAUGGGAUUAUACUCCUGGAGACUGCUCUAUCCUUCCUAGAGAGGAUAGAAAGAGUAAUCUAGAAAAAGAUCUCAACCUCUACCAAACAGAGUUAGAGGCAGAUUUAGAAAAAAUGGAGACGCUUAACAGAACACCCAGUACAAAUCUGUCACAGAGCUCAGCAGUCAGUCCCACUCCGGAAAUGUCUUCAGAACCUCCUGGAUACAUAUAUUCUUCCAACUUCCACGCAGUGAAGAGAGAAUCUGAUGGGGCCUCCGGUGAUCCUGCUAGCUUGGAGAACGAAAGGCAGAUUUAUAAAAGUGUCUUAGAAGGUGGAGACAUCCCUCUCCAGGGCCUGAGUGGGCUCAAGCGGCCCUCUAGCUCGGCCUCCACUAAAGAUUCAGAAUCGCCAAGACAUUUUAUACCUGCUGAUUAUUUGGAGUCCACUGAAGACUAUAUCCGAAGACGUCAUGAUGAUAAAGAGAAACUUUUAGCGGACCAGAGACGACUUAAGCGCGAGCAAGAAGAGGCGGAUAUUGCAGCUCGACGCCACACGGGCGUCAUCCCGACUCACCAUCAGUUUAUCACUAAUGAGCGCUUUGGGGACCUCCUCCAUAUAGACGAUACGGCAAAAAGGAAAUCUGGGUCAGAGAUGAGACCUGCCAGAGCCAAAUUUGACUUUAAAGCUCAGACACUAAAGGAGCUUCCUCUGCAGAAGGGAGACAUUGUUUACAUUUACAAGCAGAUUGAUCAGAACUGGUAUGAAGGCGAGCACCACGGCAGGGUGGGGAUCUUCCCACGCACCUACAUUGAGCUUCUCCCUCCUGCAGAGAAGGCUCAGCCCAAAAAGUUGGCACCAGUACAGGUUUUGGAAUACGGAGAAGCUACUGCGAAGUUUAACUUCAAUGGUGAUACGCAAAUAGAAAUGUCCUUCAGAAAGGGGGAGAGGAUCACACUGCUUCGACAGGUGGAUGAGAAUUGGUAUGAAGGGAGGAUUCCAGGAACUUCUCGGCAAGGCAUCUUCCCCAUCACUUAUGUGGAUGUGAUCAAACGGCCACUCGUGAAAAACCCCGUGGACUACAUUGAUCUACCUUUCUCUUCUCCAAGUCGUAGUGCCACUGAAAGCCCCCAGUUUCCCAGUCACAGCAAGCUCUUCAUGCCAGCCCCUUCAUCUCUGCCUCACCCCCACCGAGCCCUGUCCCCUGAGAUGCACGCUAUCACCUCUGAAUGGAUCUCCCUGACUGUAGGGGUUCCCGGCAGGCAUUCUCUGGCCCUGACCCCACCCUUGCCUCCUCUGCCAGAAAUUUCUGUUUAUAACACAGACCUCCUGAGCUCACUGAGGAGACCCAGCCCCUCCUUGCCCCUUAGCCUCCCAUACUCAAGUUGGUCAGGCCCUUCUACCCCACACUCUGUCGUUUCCCCACUGGCCCUGCCUCCCCCAGACAAAGCCUACUUGACAGGACCUGGAACCCAGACCUCCCUUCACAUCAAUGGAGACAGCGGCAUCUUUGUGCCACCUCCUAGGGCCCACCAGGAUAGCUUCCCCCAGCCACUGCACGGGAGCUCUGACAGGGUCAUCUCUGAGCUUAGCAGUGCCUUUGGCAGCCAGGGGAAACAGCUGCUCUGGCAAGAAGACAGUGGGAAGUAUGAGAGAAAAGCAGAGAGUCAGUCAGCUGAGAGAUUCCCUGGUGGACCCAAGAUCUCUAAGAAGAGCUGCUUGAAACCGUCAGACGUGGUCAGGCGCCUGAGCACUGAACAGAGACUCUCAGAUGUGCGCACCCGCAAGGAGAGCCAGCCCAGCACAUCCCUGGGUAGCCCUCUUCCGGGAAGGGAAGCUGAGCAGACAGAGCUGCAGAGAGGUGGCAAGCAGGCUGAGAGGAAGGCUGCUCGGAAUAAUGUGAGCCAGCCUUCUCAUCAUUCAUUGAGAGCAGGACCUGAUCUCACAGAAUCUGAAAAGAGCUAUGUGGAAGCAGUUUGCAAUGAGAUCAUAAACAUUGCCGAAAAAUCUGUUCAUUACUGCAGCUCUGUUUCUCAUCCCCUUGACUUGCAUCACAAGGUUUCCCCUCCUGACAAUAAAUCAUCUUUAAUCAUUUCUCAGCAACCUCAAGCCCAGCAGCGAAGAGUCACUGCAGACAGGAGUCAAACCUCACAAGAUUUAUUUAGCUACCAAGCACUGUAUAGCUAUAUACCACAAAACGAUGAUGAAUUGGAACUUCGAGAUGGAGAUAUUAUUGAUGUCAUGGAAAAAUGUGAUGAUGGAUGGUUUGUUGGUACUUCAAGAAGGACAAGGCAGUUUGGUACUUUUCCAGGCAACUAUGUAAAGCCUUUGUAUCUAUAAGAAGACUGAAAAAGCACAGAGAUUAUUUUUAUUGGAGAUGAAAUAUAAUUCACGAACUGGUCUCUUUCUUCAAACAUUGAGUCAGUAGGAAUUCAGUGGGGAGGGGGGACAAGAGAGCGGGAUAGAGAGAAGUGUUGUAUUUGAAGCCUAAGCCUGUCUAAACUGACUGCAUAUCAGACAGAGUUGAAACAUGUCCUGAACAAAAAAGAAUGAGGCAAAUCUGUAUUUACUUAGCUGCUUCUGGGAGCCCCUUCAGACUUCCCCCCUUCCUCUCCCUUUCUCUUGGGUAAGCUGACCUGCAGCACAGGCUUCUUGCUUUCCCGUUGCUUAGUUCCUGUUCAAAAGGAGCCUUUUAGCCUGAAUGAGCCUUGCGGUCAGUACCAAGCCAAUUUCCACCUAGUCAUUCUUUAAAGCCUUCACACAUAGGCUCCCCUAGGCACCCAGGGGGCUGCUGAUCACCCCAACACUGCUGAGCACCCCACUCAACACCACCAUCACUACCAAACCAAGUCUUUCACUGGGUCUUUUGGGGUCCCUGGGGAAACUGAGGCAAAGGCUAGGAGCUGAGUUCACUUGGCCUGCAUUGCCACCGACACUCCAGGGUAGAGACAGAGCACACAGGCUUGCCCUGGGAGCAAGGUGGUUUGGCAGAUAGGUGCCAUUUGCCUUUCUAAGUGAUUAAGUCCAAAAGGCCUGCAACUCUUGAGGUCACUUGCAGGGUGUCCCUUUCCUGGCAUUUUAUCAGUGGUCUCCUGCAGGCAAGCACAGUUGCAUCCACCAGGGUAUCAAUGCUCUAGCCUGGUUUUUUCUGUCCUGCUUUUGGUUGGGACAGCGGGGGAUGGAUAGACCAAAACGAUGAUGUUCAGAGAGCCGUUUGCCACACGCUGAGGAACGCUAGAUGCUGAGGAUGCAGAAAAGCAAACUGCUCCGAGCUUGAGAAAGACACUCAACUUGUCUUCAUUUUUACUCCCCAGAGAACUCUAAGGACCACGCAAGAUGUAGGAACCCUGUGUCCUGAACCAGGAUGCACUCUGGUGAGGUUUCUCUUCAGAGCAGAAAAGGUACAUUUGCUGUGUCCCCAGUGUGAGGCACUGAUUCUACCACUCCCCAGAGGUUGGCUCUUACUGGAGCUCCAGAUCAUAGGGAGAAGUGGGGAGAACUGAAUUGUUCAGUCACAGCACAGCCCAGUUAAAGAACUUUUUUUUUUUUUUUGGUCUUUAGAGUUAUCUCUGGGCCUUGGUGCCAGCACUACGAAUCCACUGCUCCUGGUGGCCAUUUUUCCCAUUUUAUUGGAUAGGACAGAGAGAAAUUGAGAGAGGAGGGGAAGACAGGGGGAGACACCUUCAGAUCUCCUUCACCGCUUGUGAAGCGACUCCCCUGCAGGUGGGGAGCAGAGAGCUUGAACCUGGGUCCUUGUGCAAUUUAAUGUGAGCACUCAACCAGGUGUACCACCACCUGAUCCCCAAGGACAUUUUCCAUGUCUGGUCUAAUAGAAAGAUGAAGGUAGAAAGGACCUAUUCCCUGCCUACUCAGAGGUGAUGCAGGAGACAGAUACUAAAUGUAGAGAGAUUGUGAUAUGUGCUAUGAGGUGUAUGAGAGUGGAGGGGUGAGUUUUCCCUAGAGGAAUCUUAGAAAGCCUUGUCUUCUUACUGUCUCCAUUAAUUAGCUCACUUUUGAACAGCUAGGCCACUAGAAGAAGCACUUUUGUCCAAGGAUAGUAUAGCGCUGGAAAUACACUGUUUCCAGACUCUUCAAACACUCAUUUUCCCCUCAGAUACACAUCCAAGGUUAGAAAUAGGAGUAGCAAUUCCAGGUUGUCGGGUGUGUUAAAGCAAUCCUGGGUCCUUAUGUAUUGCUAAGAGUCGCCCCCAGAUUCAGUGUCCCAAUGUCUGAAAGCAACAUGUCGACAAAGUUUGUCUUCAGUGUCUGCCUCAGUUUUUUUCUCUUCUGCCCAUCUUAGGAUCUUACCAGCUGCCCACCGCCUGUCAGACAGCCACAGUUUAGUUUGUUGAUCCUUACUCUUUCCAGGUUCUCCAGACAAACCCUGCUCUUAGGAAAAGUAAGGACUCUUUCACACUAAAGUAUAAAUGGCAGAUAAAAGAAAUGUUUUACCUGAUCCCGGAGACUUGGGCUUUUAACCAGGACUGAACAGAUCCGGAGUCCCAAGGUGGAACAGUUGUGGAACUAACAUGAGAAGUGGGGUAGGGAGUUAAAAGAGCUUCCUGGGUUCCUGGGUUGAAAGGGCCAUCCCAAUUUUCCCUAAGCAAGACCCGUUGCUUUAAAAGGAACCACUGAGCACCAUCCAAAGGGACUGGGUGCUGUUGUGUUUUGUUUAGGUUUUUUCUCUCCUCUCUAAAGGAGCAGAAUAAGUGCACAUGCACAUGCAUCUUGCACAGCUGUGUUCCGCCUAUACUGGAAUGCAAUUCUUUAUUGACUAAUGUGAUUCCCGAUCUUUCUUAGAAGUAAACCAUUAACAAGAUGGUCUUCUGUCAUCAUUUCCUGAGGGGUGCUUCUCAAGUAGGUAAUUGCAAACACCUCUUUAAAUACAGCUAGAAAAAUAAAAACCAAUUUGUAAAAGCCAUGUUUGCAUAGGAUGCCAGCUGUCACACAUUUAUCUCCAGAGACCCAGCUAUGCCUCACCAAUUUGCCAUUUGAAUCAAAUUAUAAGCUAAAAUGCACAUCAGACUUCCGCUUCCUCUAUAUGACAAUGAAUGAAAGUUUCCAAUUGCUCUUUUGUCUCCAGACAUUUAGUAAUAUAAAAUACCUAUUUUUAUGCUGAAUUGUUUAUACAGGUUUAUUAAUAGCAAGUGCAACUAACUGACAGCAUGCCUUGCAACACAUUUUGAUAAUGAUAACCAUGCUUCUGGGUAAAGGUGAACCUCAGACUACUUAUCUUUUGCAGUCUCUUCGGGAUCAGUAAAAGAAAAAAAUAUAUGCUUGAGAAAUGGGACUGUAAAUAUGUAUAUUGAACUUUGUAUAGCCCAUGUACCUACUUUGUAUAGAAAAAUUUAAAGAUUUGAACCAAAAGGGGGAGACUAAACUAAGGAAGUAAUGAAGUGGUGGUUUUUAGGUUUUUGUUUCCUUUUUUUUUUUUUUUGCAUUUUUAUUUAAAUGAAGGAAUUCCAGAUAACUCACUUUCAACUUUUUAGCACACACACAAAAACAAAAUAGCCAUUGUAAAGUGUUAACAUUUCAAAGAGUCAUUCUUGGAGGGAAGGUAACCUUUAUUUCAGUUAUAGUUUUUGUUUGUUUUUAUAUUUUCCUGCAGUGGUAUUAUGGGCUAUUGCUACAACGGCUUAUGACAAAAAGGAUUACAUUCUGACAGGAAAGUAGCUGAUGUUCUAUCUAACCAAUUAAUUUAAAGUAUUGCCAUUUAAAUUACACCAAGAGCAUGUACUACCAGACACAGAUUUUUCCAUUUAUUUUUCUUUAUUGCAGUGGAUUUGAUAGAUGUGUUGAAUUACUGCCUUUGCUGUACAUAUUAUUUAAUAAAAUGUAUUCAGAAUUGUGUGGCA